AUGUCCCUCGCAGGCGAUCCACUCAACCAUCUUCUCCCUCUCCUAAAGCUGCCUCCACGGCAGAUGAAGAAGACGCACAUCUCGUGUAAGAAGUGGCUGGCACGUUUUUUCAGGAUCGUCGCACCAGAAACAGAGAUCCAGGCGCACGAUGGAGACGCCUUCGGCGCUCUCGCGGCGCGCCUCCUCCCGCCCCAUGAGCAAGCCACCGGCUUUGUGGCGUUAAACGGCGGCACCCAUGCCGGCUGCUCUCCUCAUGACCUUCGCCAGACUCUGGAGGCACACGGACUGCUGCGCGGCGCUGCGGCCGCUACCCCGCAAAACUGCUCCUGCGCCUCUCCCACUCCUGCGUCUGCCACGCCGUCGCCGUUGAACUGCGUGCUGCAGCACAGCUCCACGCUGCCUUUUGUGGUGUGCAGCGUCCCUCUACAGCUGCCCCGCGAUGCCGUGGAAGGGGCUGGUACGGGGGUAAGCGCCUCCUCCUAUAGUGUCUCUGUGAUGCAUGUUGCUGUGGCGGAGCUGGCGCAGUUUGCCGCCUCUGCCGAAGGAGCCUCUUCUUCCCCCAGUGGGGCGGACCUCCGCGACGACGAGGUCCCCCAAACCGGGGCGCUGAUGCAUACCUCGCCCGCGUCCUCCCCCGCUGAUAACGGCGCGGCAGCCGGCAAAGCAUCUGUGGUGGUGGUGGUGCUGCAAGUGCCGCCGACCGUGUCGCUGUGGAAGGAGGGAUCGACGUCGACGUCCUCUUCCUCUGCAAACAAGGGCUGCGGCCUCCUCUACUUGGUGUCGUGUGAUGCUGCUGCCGUGCGCUCGCGCGUUGCCCACUUGUUGCAGCGCCCGGUCAUCGGAAUUGAGCGGCUGCUCCUAUCCUCGACUUGUCUGUCGCGUGCCGCCGCCGAGGAGGAGCGAGGCGCACAAGAGUGCUCCUCCAGGAUGCGGCCGACCCAGUCGCUCUCAAACGGGGCAUCGCCGCCAGCACGAACGUGCACAUCACACGCUCUGCCGGAUGUUCCCGGGCUCUUUCUUGUGGAGGACUUUGUAACGGCAGAUGAGGAGAAGGCCAUAUGGCACGAACUUCACCACGGACGUCCGAGGCUGCAGAUAGAAUAUCUCUCGCGCCGCCGCGUGGCACACUUCAACCGCCGCUUCCUCUACGGGGUGAAUGCGCUGACGGCGGAGGGCGACGUGACGAACGCGCGUCCGUCUUUCUAUGCGUGGAUGCGCGCACGGCUGCAGAAUGACACGGCUGCCGGCGGCGUGCGCAUUGAAGGGGAUUAUCCCUUCUGCCCUGGCGACUACGAGUGCGACCAGCUGACGGUGAACUUCUACGACUACAGCGAGUUAGGGGCGUGCGGCAUUGCCGCCCACGUGGAUGCGCACAACGCGUUCGGCGACGCCGUUUUCAUCGUGUCACUUGGCUCGUACACCGUAAUGGAGUUUUCGCGCUGGGACGCGCCGGCAGAGGUGGCUGCGCCUGUCGGCGUCUACCUUGCCCCACGCUCCCUCGUCGUCAUAACUGGGGAGGCCCGCUACGGCUGGACACACUGUAUCAGUGAAAAGAGGACGGACACGCUGUCCGAGCUACUGCCGACCUUCAGUCGAGGGGAUAGGAUGAGCCUCACGUGGCGGCGCGGGCGGACGCAGCGGCACACCAAAGCCGAGUGCCCGUAUCCUGCCCUGUGCGACGGUGCGUAA